AUGGGUGUUUUGACAGCCUGCUGCCUCCUUCAGACCACUCCAAACACCAAGGUAGCCUUGCUCACUUUGGAGGACGACCCAGAGCUUGAAUUGGGCCAGAGAUGGGAAAAGGAAGCUGAGGAGAUCUGCAAGUUGGCAGUGGGUGCCUGCAUAAAGUCUUCAACGCUGCCAAAAGUUUCCCAAUUCAGCGCGGUCAGCUGUCAGCCCCCCUGCUGCAACAAGGCUUCUCAAUCGACUGGACGCAGUGUCAAAGAGGCAUGCUCCUCCCUCAUAGAGGCUGCCCUGCGAUGGGUAGAGGAUGGGACGCUUAGAGGAUUGCUGGAGCUGUAUGUUGGUGCUCUGAACAUUCUGUCCGCUGACGGCUCCCCAGGUACUGAGCUCUCAACACUGAGGAGAGGUGUGCUGGCCCUCGAGAGCUUGCAGUCAGAAGUGAGGGAAGGCACACAUCGCCUCCUCGCAGGAGCAGUGCGCGCUGUCAGCUUCCUUCGCAAGACCGUGAGCCAGGACGCUAUGUUCCAGAGUAUCACACAAGCAGCAGAUGGCGAGCUUGCGUGUACUGUGGCGUCAGGCCUUGAGGCAGUUGGACCCAUUCUCACAGCUGCAGCCGCAGCCGAUGCUGCUUCUGGGCAGCAGGCCGAUGCAUUCCUGGCCAUGCAUGCCUACUCUGCUGCGUGUGCGCUGGUCUGCGCUGCUCAGCUGCGCAGCAAGUGCGCCGCGCUCGUUGGCAAUGGCGAUGUGUGCAGCAUCCAGAGCUUCAGCAUCAUGUGGCCAGCCUGCAGCCACUUUCUGCACAUGGACAGGAAUGAAAGCAAGGGUCGCGGUGGGGAUGGGCUGCUGCUGAAGGAGGAUGAGCUGACGUGGGUGUCAUCUGCCAUGAGCGCUGUCGGACACGACUUGUCGGCUGCAGGCAGACAUUCAGAGGCCCAGGAGCCUUUCUGUGUGGCGCUUGAGGCUGCCGUCGCUGCUGUGUUGGCAGCUAAAGCUGCGUCAGGCGACAAGGCGUCAGAGGAGCGAGCGGGAGUGGCAGCAAGGAGGGCCGCUGCACUGGCUCGGUGCAUGGCAGACCUGGGUGAUGCGCGUAAGGGGCUGCACAUCCUGGCGGGCUGCCUCAACCUGUGGGCAGAGCUGGGCCUCGCCUCGGGCCCCCUGCUGCAGCCCCUGGUGCACGCAGCUGUUAGCAUCCGCUCUGCAGCGCUCAGCGGUGACCAUGCACCUGAUCAGCUGCCCAGCCUGACCUCCAUGGGACUGGCCCUUCCGGCAGGCAUGCUGGAAGCAGUGGUUAGGGAGGAGGUGAGCGAGUGGAUGCAGCUGGAAGCAGAGGGGCCUGCAGGUGCCGGCAUGUGCUGGCAGGAGGCGGAGCGGGGCCUGACAGCUCUGGUGAAAGCCAUGCACCCGCCAAGCUCGGACCCAGCACAGCACGCAGCAGCGCUCCUCUUUUGCGCGCGCUGCCGCCUCUGCCGCGCCGCGCAGAGCUCAUCGGACGCCGAUGUUGCCGACUCUGUCGCAGCAGACCUGGAAGAAGCCGAUGAGCUGCUGCAGCCGCAUGGCGAUGAGGCAACACUGUUGGACAGCGCGGCAGUCCACGCCAUGCUGGCGCUCCAUUUGGCGGCCGCCGCGCGGCGUACGUCCAGCAGCACUGCCAGCUCAUCGGCCGCCGACGUCGAAUGCUCGGAUAGCGCGCAUGUGGGCGAGAAGGCUGAAUGGACGAGGGCGAAGGAAGCCCGGGGCCGAGCUGUGGAGAGGCUAUCCGCCUGUUUUAGCAGUGCGGUUGCUACAGCAGAAGAAUGCAGUGCAGAGCCGGAGGGCGUGUCAUCAGACGACCUGCUGCAGAUGAUGAUGGAGCUGCGAUACAUGUCAGCGCUUCAGGGCAGCGCCAAGGAGCAGCAGCAGCUGAGCUGUGCGCUUGUCACAGCCGCCAGAGCUCACCAGGACAGCCUCAGCGACGCUGCGCUCUCGGCACUGGCCAACUCGCCGGCAGGCUGUGCGAUGGGCUUUCUACUUGCCCCGCAUGCGCGCCCCUCGCUGCUGCAGGCAUGCUUUGGUGAGAGCAUGUCCGGUCACCCGCUCUCGCUGGCGAGCAUCGCCGAGGGUGGGGAUGGGACGGCACAACCCAGCACUGAGGAGCUGAGACAGAUCGCGGCUGAUGCGGCUGCGAAGCUGAGCAAGGGCCCGGGUGACAUGGUGGGAGGUGUGCACGACGCCACAGAGGCACUCCGCUUGACAAAUGCCAUUGCCAUGCCGACCGGGGACGCUCCCACGGCAGGCAAUGGCAGCGGCCAGGCGUUUGCAGGGCAGUGGCAGGCGCUGUGGCUGUAUCUGGGGUGCCUGCUGCAGUGCGGGGACCUGUACGAGGGCAUGGGGGCCUUUGACGACGCCCUGCAUGCCUUCAAGGAAGGCUUGUGCAUGUCCGAGGGAGCAGAGGCCAGCACGACACUGGCGGCCUUUGCAGCAAGGCUCGCGCAUGUUCACGCCAAACAGCACCAGUGGCCGGAGGCCAACAGCCACCUGGAUUGCGCCUCAGCCGCUGUGGAGGCACUGGACACAGGCGGACCCAGCCAGGCUGCAGCGCUGAUGCGAGCGGAGCUGGCGCGGGUCAGGGGCGGUGGCUCCCAGCGGCAGGGCGCGCCAGAACAGGCGCUGGAGCACUACCAUGCAGCUGCCGAGCACGCGCUGCGGGCACUCGAGGGUGCAUGCAGCGGUGAUGGAGGCAGAGAAAGCGGCGUACAGAAGAGAUGCAGCGGACGGCAGGGCAGGGGAACCAGGGGGAAGGGCAAGGGCAGGGGCGAGGAGGGUGAGUCAGCGGGAUUCUGUGAGUGCCGGUGGCCGCUGACUGCGCUCGUGGCGGGGGUGCGGGUGCAGCAGGCGGCGUGCCAGGCUGUGUUGGGGGAUCUAGCUGCUGCGGGGAGCCACCUCGAUGCGGCUGGUGAGGCCUGUGCUAGCUAUGGGCCGGACCCCAGCGAGGCAUUCCCCCUGCAGACGGCCGCCGCCAGCUAUCAGAAGGCGUUGCUGCUGGAGAGGCAGCGGGCAGAGAAUACCCAGGAGGCCUCUGUGUGGGGCAGCCAGGGUGCAGCAGAGGACUUGCGCCCUGCAGCAGUCGAGUCGGUGAGCAGGAGGGGCCGAGGAAGGAAGGGUGCGGCUGCGGCGGCUGCCAAGCCGGCGCAAGCCGCAGCUGAGCCUCCUGGCUGCGAUGCAGAUGCCCUGCAGCAGCUCGUGCUCCUGGUGGAGGCCUACCUGCUCUCCCGCCACGUCCCAGGCUUGUCAAGGAAGGUGGCGGGCUUGCUGUCUGUGGCGUGCGGCCGACUGCAGCUGCUGCAUGCAGCCGCGCUGUUCCUGCACGCCUCUUUUGGCGCGUCUAUCGGCGCCCAGCACGCCGCUAUAGCUGACUCGAAGCUGCGUAGCGGCCAGCGCAGGCGUGGAACGCCCCCUGACGCCGCCCACCUGGCCGCCAUGGGCCGGGUGCGCGCGGCGCUGCGGCCGGACGCAUUUGAUGACGCGCGGCUGCGGCGGCUGCUCGCUGACGUGGCGUCUGGGCAGUCCCCCGCUGGCCUGCUGCAAUAUUUGGAGGAGGAGGCCAGGCGGCACAUGGAUGCAUGCCUGGGUCAUCUCCUGGCAGGCACUCCUGUGUCCUCGAUCAGCGUGCAUCCAACGCGCCCUGGGCGAUGGCUGCUGAGCCGCUGCGAGAUCGGCGCAAUACCCAUCAUCGUGGAGUUCCCAGCCACGCAACCGGUGGAGGGUGUGAGCGCGGCAGAGGAGCUGGAGGCAAUUCUGGAGGACAGCGCGGCCAGCAUGCAAGGGCAAGGGGAUCGGGACACGAAGGCGCAGAAGGCCGCCUGGUGGCGCGCCCGCCUGGCAUUGGAUGAGCGCCUGAAGCGGCUCCUGCUGCACCUGCAAGCCUGCCUGGGCCCCUGGAUGUGCAUGCUGCUGGGACAGCCACAGCCGCAGCCACUCGCUGCAGCGGUGCUCGUGGAGGCUGAGCGACUGGCGCCCAGCCUGCAAGCCUCAGGGCCCGGUAGCAGCUGGCCACCGGCGCUGCGACAAGUUUUCACAGCCAUUUUCCAGGCACAGGACGCCCUGGACUCAGACCAGCUGCUGGCGGCUGCGCAGCAGCUGUGCCGCCUGCUGGGCUGCUGUGAGCCUGAGACCGCCGCAUCGGAGAUGGCCAGAGGGAUCAGGCGGGCGGCUGAGGCAUUGAGAGCCGGUAAUCCUGGUGACGGCGACUCCAUUUGCAGUGUUAUGGGCGGCCUCAGCCUGAGCUCAGCCCUGACAGACAUCAGCAACACUGCGGCAGCCCCGCCCGGCAGGGGGAGGAAGCAGGCCCCCGCCCAGAAAGCCAGGCGAGGCAGGGCAGCACCCAAGGCAGCAGAGCUAGAAGAGGCAGACUGCGACGAGGCCUGGUGCACCCUCCGGGCGGCCCCGCGAAAGAGCGGCCGCGCCGCGGCAGCCCGGCCCCCGGCGUUGCCGAAAGCCACGAGGGCAAGUGCAAAGGAAGUAGCCUCGGCAAGCGACAGCGAUGCAGUGGAGGAGACAGACUCUGACGAGGAUGCGCCAGAGGCGGCAAAGCCGGCAGGCACGAGCACGCGCGGCCUAAGGCUCAGCCGCUCGAGGGACACCGGCAGCCAUGACCCUCCGCCAGCAAAGACACCCGCUGCUGUGAAAAUUUCACGGGCUGGCGGAGAUGAGAACGCAGCCGUUGCAACGCCCGCGCAACCGAGAACCGCGCGGCAGGGCAGCCGCUUCGCCGCGAUGCAGACGCCGGCCGCGAGCGCGCAAGGAGCGCAGUUACCGCCCAUAGCCGCGGCGAGCCGGCUGCCGCCGACAGCCGUGCCGCCGCUGCGGCCUCGGCCGCCCGGCAACGUGCAGUAUGAGGCGCCGCCGGACGCCGGGAAGCGCACGCGCGGCAGAAGCCGCGUGAGCUUUGCUGCGAGCGCGCAACCCGCCCCGGUGCCGGAGACGCCUGCGGUGCAGCCGCGGACAGCCGCCAGGAAGAAGGCCGGCGCUGCCACCGCGGGAAAGAGCACCAGGAGGCAGGCCUCCUUGGGGAUGGACGCCGGCAGUGCAGCAGAGGCGGGGGAUGAGGCAGAGGCCUCCGCAGGGAAGGGGACCACCCGCAGGAGCGCAGCGCCGUUCGUGAUCCACCGGGCACCUGAUUUGGGCGAGCUGGAGGGGGAGGUGGGGGACCUGGGGGCGCGCAUGCGAGCGCUGGCGCUGGGCAGUGGCGGCCUGGUGGGGCCUGGCAAGGAGUCUGCGGGGGGCAGCAAAGGGGCCGAGCGCGGCCCUGUGCUGCUCAUCCUGGAUGAGGAGCUGCAGAGCCUGCCCUGGGAGAGCCUGCCUGCGCUGCAGAGGCACAGGAUGUACAGGGCCCCUUCAUUGGCGUGCGCAUGCGCAAUCGCUGCUCGUGGCUGCAGCCCAUCUGCCGACAGCUCAGGGGCCUCAGAGCAGGCCUAUUCCGAGGCGCAGUCUGCAGGGCAGCCAGCCAGCUGCGGGCCGCUGAGCAGUGUGGAUGUGCACGACACUGUGUUCAUGCUGAACCCCUCUGGAGACCUGGCCUCCACGCAGUCCACCUUCCAGCAACUCUUCCAGCAGCAGCACGGCUGGCAGGGCAGCGUGGGAGCGCCGGGGCUGCCGGGCGCUGAGCUGGCGACCGCGCUGACUCAGCGCCAGCUGUUUGUGUUCUGCGGCCACGGCGGCGGCCAGCAGCACCUGCCGCCGCACGUUCUGCGUCGGCUGCCGCGCUGCUCCGCGUCGCUGCUCAUGGGGUGCUCCUCCGGCCGCCUCUGCCGCGCCGGCGCCUACGACCCCUCCGGCCCAGUCCUCGCCUACCUGCUCGCUGGAUGCCCUACAGCCGUGGCAAACCUGUGGGACGUGACGGAUCGCGACAUAGACCGCUUUGCCAUGGCGCUGCUUGAGAAGUGGCUGCCUGCCGAUGCUGAGUCAGCAUCUGCGCCAAAUGAGGAUGGCAAAGCUGGCAGCAUGUGUAUCAGCGGCAGCGUUGCAGUCAGCCGCAGCGUGUGCCGCCUGCCGCACUUGAUCGGGGCUGCGCCGGUGUGCUACGGCAUCCCCACAGCCGUCAAGACAGGCUGA